CGCGCUCGCCCUCGGCUCUUGUUCCGCGCCUGGAGCCAGCGGCGGCUGCAGCGGCUGAGGCGGCUGCGGGAGCUGAGCGGUCGCCGGGCGCACGGGGGGGAGGCCAGCUGCACUCCCGGGCAGGCGCUCUGCAAUGAGACAGUAAAUGCAUCCCCUGCGUGCUGCUGCAGGGUAACAUCGGAUCUGGGCUCCUGGACCCUUGGAUGCUCAGCUGCCCAUAAGUUCCUGGAUUGACUUGUUGAAAGCAACCAAACAGGAGCGAAGUUCAUUCAAAGACACAUGGUUUAUGGUGGAAGAGAGUACUUGGUCAGUCCUGGGACCAGGAGAGAAAAGGGGAGCUUCAGCUGGGACCUUGACCUUCAAGUGCCAGGUAUUGCUGAAGGCUUCUCAGAUGCUUCAGGAUAUCUUCAGGGAAAUCAGCUCAAUAAACUGAGAAUUUAGGCAUUCUAAGUGAGAGUCUUCAAAUCAUCUAGGAAGAUGGUGGCCCUGUCCUUAAAGAUUUGUGUCCGCCACUGCAAUGUGGUGAAGACCAUGCAGUUCGAACCAUCUACAGCUGUGUACGAUGCAUGUCGAGUCAUUCGGGAACGGGUGCCCGAGGCACAAACUGGUCAAGCUUCUGACUAUGGGCUGUUUCUCUCUGAUGAAGACCCCAGGAAAGGAAUUUGGUUGGAAGCAGGCAGAACACUGGAUUACUACAUGUUGCGAAAUGGGGAUAUUUUGGAAUAUAAAAAGAAACAGAGACCUCAGAAAAUCCGGAUGCUGGAUGGAUCUGUGAAAACAGUGAUGGUGGAUGACUCCAAAACAGUUGGGGAGCUUCUGGUUACUAUUUGCAGUAGGAUAGGAAUAACAAACUAUGAAGAAUACUCUUUAAUCCAAGAAACAAUUGAAGAAAAGAAAGAGGAAGGGACGGGUACGCUAAAAAAAGAUAGGACACUGUUACGAGAUGAAAGGAAAAUGGAGAAGUUGAAGGCUAAGCUUCACACAGAUGAUGACCUAAAUUGGCUGGAUCAUAGCCGAACAUUCAGAGAACAAGGAGUAGAUGAAAAUGAAACGUUGCUGCUUAGGCGAAAGUUCUUUUACUCGGAUCAGAAUGUGGACUCGAGAGACCCUGUGCAGCUGAACUUACUUUAUGUUCAGGCUCGGGAUGAUAUCCUGAAUGGCUCCCACCCUGUCUCCUUCGAGAAAGCUUGUGAGUUUGGUGGAUUUCAAGCCCAGAUACAAUUUGGACCUCACGUGGAGCACAAACACAAACCCGGAUUCCUAGAUUUAAAGGAAUUCUUGCCCAAAGAAUAUAUCAAGCAGAGAGGAGCUGAAAAGAGAAUAUUUCAGGAGCAUAAGAACUGUGGAGAGAUGAAUGAAAUAGAAGCCAAAGUCAAGUACGUCAAACUUGCUCGGUCCCUCCGGACAUACGGUGUGUCCUUUUUCCUGGUGAAGGAAAAGAUGAAAGGCAAGAACAAGCUGGUGCCUCGCCUGCUGGGAAUCACCAAGGACUCAGUGAUGCGCGUGGAUGAGAAGACCAAGGAAGUGCUGCAGGAGUGGCCGCUCACCACAGUCAAGCGCUGGGCAGCCUCGCCCAAGAGCUUCACGCUGGAUUUUGGGGAGUAUCAGGAAAGCUACUAUUCAGUACAAACCACUGAGGGAGAGCAAAUAUCCCAGCUGAUUGCAGGCUACAUUGACAUCAUCCUCAAAAAGAAACAAAGUAAAGAUAGAUUUGGACUAGAGGGUGAUGAGGAAUCAACUAUGUUGGAAGAGUCCGUUUCCCCAAAAAAGUCCACCAUCUUGCAGCAGCAGUUCAACAGGACCGGGAAGGUGGAGCACGGCUCGGUGGCACUGCCGGCUGUGAUGCGCUCGGGCUCCAGCGGGCCCGAGACCUUCAACGUUGGCAGCAUGCCCUCACCGCAGCAGCAGGUCAUGGUUGGGCAGAUGCACCGAGGCCACAUGCCCCCCCUGACCUCUGCCCAGCAGGCCCUCAUGGGGACCAUCAACACAAGCAUGCACGCGGUCCAGCAGGCCCAGGAUGACCUCAGUGAGCUUGACUCAUUGCCGCCUCUUGGCCAGGAUAUGGCGUCUAGGGUAUGGGUUCAGAAUAAAGUCGACGAAUCCAAACAUGAAAUUCACUCUCAAGUGGAUGCCAUCACAGCUGGAACAGCUUCAGUUGUUAACCUCACUGCCGGUGACCCUGCAGACACUGACUACACAGCUGUGGGAUGUGCAAUCACCACCAUUUCUUCCAACCUGACGGAGAUGUCCAAGGGUGUGAAACUGUUGGCGGCCCUCAUGGAUGAUGAAGUGGGCAGUGGGGAGGACCUGCUCAGAGCUGCAAGGACCCUCGCUGGGGCAGUGUCGGACUUGCUGAAAGCCGUACAGCCUACUUCUGGAGAGCCUCGGCAGACAGUUUUGACCGCCGCUGGAAGCAUUGGACAGGCCAGUGGGGACCUUCUGAGACAGAUCGGAGAGAAUGAGACUGAUGAGCGAUUCCAAGAUGUUUUAAUGAGCCUGGCCAAAGCUGUUGCCAAUGCUGCCGCCAUGCUGGUACUAAAGGCAAAGAACGUCGCCCAGGUGGCUGCAGACACAGUCCUGCAGAACAGAGUGAUCGCCGCUGCCACCCAGUGCGCCCUCUCCACCUCCCAGCUUGUGGCCUGUGCCAAGGUGGUGAGCCCCACCAUCAGCUCCCCUGUGUGCCAGGAGCAGCUGAUCGAAGCAGGGAAGCUCGUAGACCGCUCGGUGGAGAACUGCGUCCGCGCCUGCCAGGCAGCCACUGAUGACAGCGAGCUCCUGAAGCAGGUCAGCGCAGCAGCCAGUGUGGUCAGCCAGGCCCUGCACGAUCUCCUGCAGCAUGUGCGACAGUUUGCCAGCCGAGGCGAGCCCAUCGGCCGCUACGACCAGGCCACUGACACCAUCAUGUGUGUCACCGAGAGCAUCUUCAGCUCCAUGGGCGAUGCUGGUGAAAUGGUGCGCCAGGCCCGGGUCCUGGCCCAGGCCACCUCAGACCUCGUCAGUGCCAUGAGGUCAGAUGCAGAAGCUGAAAUUGACAUGGAGAAUUCAAAGAAGCUCCUGGCAGCAGCAAAACUCUUGGCUGACUCUACGGCUCGCAUGGUGGAAGCUGCAAAGGGUGCUGCAGCCAACCCUGAGAAUGAGGACCAGCAGCAAAGACUGAGAGAAGCUGCGGAAGGUCUCCGCGUGGCAACCAACGCUGCUGCCCAGAAUGCUAUUAAGAAAAAAAUUGUCAAUCGAUUGGAGGUUGCAGCUAAGCAGGCUGCAGCUGCAGCCACGCAGACCAUCGCCGCCUCCCAGAACGCGGCCGUGUCCAACAAGAACCCUGCAGCCCAGCAACAGCUGGUUCAGAGCUGCAAGGCAGUGGCUGAUCACAUACCUCAGCUGGUCCAGGGGGUCAGAGGGAGUCAAGCCCAAGCAGAAGACCUCAGCGCCCAGCUGGCUCUCAUCAUCUCCAGCCAGAACUUCCUCCAGCCUGGAAGCAAGAUGGUGUCCUCUGCCAAAGCUGCAGUGCCCACCGUAAGCGACCAAGCUGCAGCCAUGCAGCUGAGCCAGUGUGCCAAGAACCUUGCCACCAGCUUGGCAGAGCUGCGUACCGCCUCACAGAAGGCCCACGAAGCCUGUGGUCCUAUGGAAAUCGAUUCAGCUCUGAGUACUGUGCAGACACUCAAGAAUGAACUGCAAGAUGCCAAGAUGGCUGCCGUGGAGAGUCAGCUGAAACCACUUCCGGGGGAAACGCUGGAAAAAUGUGCUCAGGACCUGGGAAGUACAUCUAAAGCAGUGGGCUCCUCCAUGGCGCAGCUCCUGACAUGUGCUGCUCAAGGCAAUGAGCACUACACAGGGGUGGCUGCCAGAGAAACGGCCCAAGCUCUGAAAACGCUGGCCCAGGCUGCCCGUGGAGUGGCUGCAUCUACGAGUGACCCCGUGGCUGCACAUGCCAUGUUAGACUCUGCUCGAGACGUGAUGGAGGGCUCAGCCAUGCUCAUCCAAGAAGCUAAGCAGGCCCUGAUUGCACCUGGAGAUGCAGAAAGUCAGCAGAGACUAGCCCAGGUGGCCAAAGCUGUCUCACACUCCCUGAACAACUGCGUGAAUUGCCUCCCCGGGCAGAAAGAUGUGGACGUGGCCUUGAAGAGCAUUGGGGAGUCCAGCAAGAAGCUGCUUGUGGAUUCGUUACCUCCAAGCACAAAGCCGUUCCAGGAAGCCCAGAGUGAACUGAACCAAGCAGCGGCUGACCUAAACCAGUCUGCUGGGGAAGUGGUCCAUGCCACCCGCGGCCAGAGUGGAGAGCUGGCUGCAGCCUCCGGAAAGUUCAGUGAUGAUUUCGAUGAAUUCCUCGAUGCUGGCAUUGAGAUGGCAGGCCAAGCACAGACCAAAGAAGACCAGAUCCAAGUGAUAGGGAACCUCAAGAAUAUCUCUAUGGCAUCCAGCAAGCUGUUGUUAGCUGCCAAGUCUCUCUCUGUAGAUCCAGGAGCCCCCAAUGCAAAAAAUCUCCUAGCAGCAGCUGCAAGAGCUGUGACAGAGAGCAUCAAUCAACUUAUCACUCUGUGCACCCACAAGCUCCUGAAUCCUGUAUACGGAGAGGAAGUUCAUAGUCUGCACUUUAUGAUGAAUUUCUCUUGUUCUGUAACACUAGCUUGCUUUCUAAGUUGUGUUCUCCUUCUUCAGACAGUCAAGGGGAUGUUGGACAAUCCUAAUGAACCUGUUAGUGACCUCUCUUACUUUGACUGCAUUGAGAGUGUGAUGGAAAACUCCAAGGUUCUGGGUGAGUCGAUGGCAGGGAUUUCUCAGAAUGCCAAGACCGGGGACCUUCCUGCCUUUGGGGAGUGUGUGGGAAUUGCAUCCAAGGCUCUCUGUGGGCUGACAGAGGCGGCAGCUCAGGCUGCAUACCUCGUCGGCAUCUCUGAUCCAAACAGCCAGGCAGGCCACCAAGGCCUUGUGGAUCCCAUCCAGUUUGCCAGGGCUAACCAGGCUAUACAGAUGGCAUGCCAGAACUUGGUGGACCCUGACAGCAGCCCAUCACAGGUUUUGUCAGCCGCCACGAUUGUCGCUAAGCAUACCUCGGCCUUGUGCAAUGCCUGCCGCAUCGCCUCAUCCAAGACGGCUAACCCCGUGGCCAAGAGGCACUUUGUCCAGUCAGCCAAGGAAGUCGCCAACAGCACGGCCAACCUGGUGAAGACCAUCAAGGCCCUGGAUGGGGAUUUCUCUGAAGACAACCGCAAUAAGUGUCGCAUUGCCACUGCACCCUUGAUUGAAGCCGUGGAGAACCUGACAGCAUUUGCAUCUAACCCUGAAUUUGUCAGUGUUCCUGCCCAAAUCAGCUCCGAGGGAUCCCAGGCACAGGAACCAAUCCUGAUCUCGGCCAAGACCAUGCUGGAGAGCUCAUCGUACCUCAUCCGCACUGCACGCUCGCUGGCCAUCAACCCCAAAGACCCACCCACCUGGUCUGUGCUGGCCGGACAUUCUCACACUGUGUCCGACUCCAUCAAGAGUCUUAUCACAUCUAUCAGGGACAAGGCCCCUGGACAGAGAGAGUGUGACUACUCCAUCGAUGGCAUCAACCGGUGCAUUCGGGACAUCGAGCAGGCCUCGCUGGCAGCUGUCAGCCAGAGUUUGGCCACGAGGGAUGACAUCUCUGUGGAGGCCCUGCAGGAGCAGCUGACUUCAGUGGUCCAGGAAAUCGGGCAUCUCGUAGAUCCAAUCGCCACAGCAGCUCGGGGAGAAGCAGCUCAGCUGGGACAUAAGGUGACACAGCUGGCGAGCUACUUUGAGCCCUUGAUCUUAGCUGCAGUUGGUGUUGCCUCCAAGAUUCUGGACCAUCAGCAGCAGAUGACAGUGCUGGACCAGACCAAGACGCUCGCAGAGUCUGCCCUACAGAUGUUGUAUGCAGCCAAAGAAGGCGGAGGGAACCCCAAGGCACAGCACACCCACGAUGCUAUCACAGAGGCCUCCCAGCUCAUGAAGGAGGCCGUAGAUGACAUAAUGGUGACACUGAACGAAGCUGCCAGUGAAGUAGGGCUGGUGGGAGGCAUGGUCGACGCCAUUGCAGAAGCCAUGAGCAAGCUGGACGAAGGCACUCCUCCAGAACCAAAGGGAACAUUUGUCGACUAUCAGACAACGGUGGUUAAAUAUUCCAAAGCCAUUGCGGUGACAGCUCAGGAAAUGAUGACUAAGUCGGUUACUAACCCGGAAGAGUUGGGAGGACUGGCUUCACAAAUGACCAGUGACUAUGGGCACCUGGCUCUCCAGGGCCAGAUGGCAGCAGCCACGGCGGAACCAGAGGAGAUCGGCUUCCAGAUUCGCACUCGUGUGCAAGACCUGGGCCACGGCUGCAUCUUCCUGGUCCAGAAGGCGGGGGCCCUCCAGGUGUGCCCCACCGACAGCUACACCAAGAGGGAGCUCAUCGAGUGUGCCCGCACAGUCACAGAGAAGGUGUCUUUGGUGCUGUCAGCUCUCCAAGCUGGGAACAAGGGGACCCAGGCAUGUAUCACAGCCGCCACUGCUGUGUCCGGGAUCAUUGCUGACCUGGACACCACCAUCAUGUUUGCGACUGCAGGGACCCUGAAUGCAGAGAACAACGAGACCUUCGCAGACCACAGGGAGAAUAUUCUGAAGACAGCCAAGGCCUUGGUGGAAGACACAAAACUGCUGGUGUCGGGGGCUGCGUCCACUCCAGACAAGCUGGCCCAGGCAGCUCAGUCCUCAGCAGCCACCAUCACCCAGCUUGCCGAGGUGGUCAAGCUGGGGGCAGCCAGCCUGGGCUCUGACGACCCCGAGACCCAGGUGGUGUUGAUCAACGCCAUCAAAGACGUGGCCAAGGCCCUUUCAGAUCUCAUUGGUGCUACCAAGGGAGCUGCCAGCAAGCCCGCUGAUGACCCCUCCAUGUACCAGCUCAAGGGGGCUGCCAAGGUGAUGGUGACCAAUGUCACCUCCCUCCUCAAGACUGUGAAGGCAGUGGAAGAUGAGGCCACCCGGGGCACACGGGCGCUUGAGGCCACAAUCGAGUACAUGAAGCAGGAGCUCACGGUGUUCCAGUCAAAAGAAGUACCUGAAAAGACAUCAUCACCUGAAGAAUCGAUAAGGAUGACAAAAGGCAUCACCAUGGCAACAGCCAAAGCAGUAGCAGCUGGGAACUCUUGCAGACAGGAAGAUGUUAUCGCCACAGCCAAUCUGAGCCGGAAAGCCGUGUCUGAUAUGUUGACGGCUUGCAAGCAAGCAUCCUUCCAUCCUGAUGUCAGUGAGGAGGUACGUGCCAGAGCCUUGCGGUACGGGACAGAGUGCACCCUCAGCUACCUGGACCUUCUCGAGCACGUCUUGGUGAUUCUCCAGAAACCAACCCCGGAACUCAAACACCAGCUGGCUACUCUCUCUAAGCGAGUCGCCGGCGCUGUGACUGAGCUCAUCCAGGCAGCGGAAGCCAUGAAAGGAACAGAGUGGGUGGAUCCAGAAGACCCAACCGUCAUUGCAGAAACAGAAUUACUGGGGGCUGCAGCAUCCAUUGAGGCUGCUGCUAAGAAGUUAGAGCAACUGAAGCCAAGAGCAAAACCAAAACAAGCAGAUGAGACCCUGGAUUUUGAAGAACAGAUCUUGGAAGCUGCUAAAUCUAUUGCUGCUGCCACAAGUGCGCUGGUCAAAUCGGCCUCAGCAGCCCAGAGGGAGCUGGUGGCCCAAGGAAAGGUGGGCUCCAUCCCCGCCAAUGCCGUGGAUGACGGACAGUGGUCACAGGGGCUGAUUUCUGCUGCCCGGAUGGUGGCAGCUGCAACCAGCAGUCUCUGUGAGGCGGCCAAUGCUUCUGUUCAGGGACAUGCCAGUGAAGAGAAGCUCAUCUCGUCCGCCAAGCAGGUUGCCGCUUCCACCGCUCAGCUGCUUGUGGCCUGCAAGGUGAAGGCCGAUCAGGAUUCAGAGGCCAUGAGGCGGCUACAGGCGGCAGGAAAUGCUGUGAAAAGAGCCUCAGACAAUCUUGUUCGUGCAGCCCAGAAGGCAGCAUUUGGCAAAGCUGAUGAUGAUGAUGUUGUAGUGAAAACAAAAUUUGUAGGGGGCAUUGCUCAGAUUAUCGCCGCCCAGGAGGAAAUGCUGAAGAAAGAGCGAGAACUGGAAGAAGCAAGGAAGAAACUGGCCCAGAUCCGCCAACAGCAGUAUAAAUUCCUACCCACUGAACUGAGGGAAGACGAAGGCUAAGGCCAGAGCCAAGAUGGCGAGCCCCAGGGGAAUGGCUCUGCAAGAAUUGGACAGACAGUGUUCCUGAGAGACUGGGCACUUACCCGGAAGCUACCCGCCUUCCCCUGGGGCCAGCCCAGAGUCCUGAGUGCUCAUUCUCAUGUCUCUGUCCUGUCGGGCACCAGCUGCAUGAUCGUGAUGUCACACGGUACAGUGUCCCACCCACAGCUCCUCUGCCACCUCCCCUCAUGCCUCAUCAUAUCUCAGGAGAGAGGGGCGCACAUUUCAUGGACUGUUACCAAAAAAGAGAAGUCAGUAUUAUGUCGUUCUCAGACACUUGUGCUUUUGUUGGUCCUUCUCUAGGCCUGGUCCUGGGCCUUUUUGUGAAAUCUUAAUAGGAAAAAAAUAAUGGCUUGAGUAAGUCACUGAUGCCAUAGAUAUUCAAAGAUACUCUUCUUCCUCUCAGGAGAAAGUGGAAGUCGGAGUCGAAUACGGUUAGUAAACGCCGGAAACAUAAACCACUGUGGACUCCAGGAGGGUGACUAGGAUCGAGUCACCCUCUGUGUCUGAGUGCUGGCUCACCCAGAGGGUGAAGAAUUCCUGCUCCUGUUUGCACGCCUUCUUCCCUCCGUGUGUAAGCUCUUUGUACAAUCUAGUCCCAUCUUGUAUUAUGUGGCCCAGAAAAUUGAACAAUUAUUUUUUUUUCCUCCAUAAUCCAAAAGGCAGAGGUAUGGGGGAUUGUCAGGGCUUGGUGAGCAGGGGCUGUAAUAAAGUGUGUGGGCUCCUUACCCUGCAGAGGCUGUUUCGGUUCAUAAAUUCAUACACACAAACCCAUGUCCCCCAGAUGACAGUCAAUACAACAUCCCGUUUUAGGCAUUCGAGGUGGGGGUUCAGCUGAAAUAAAGCAGUUCCUUGGCGACUCUAUCUUCCAACUCCCACAUUGGCUCCUCUGCUCUUAAAGUGAUCGGAAUCCGGGAUUGGAACAUCUGUUUAAAAAUCUGUCAUCUUUCCUCCCUCCCAAGAUGGACAUUUUCCCUACGUCUUAAUAUUCCUAAAAUCUAGGUGCAUCCUAAAAUCAAUAUAAACCUUUAACAAUAUAUUUUCCUUAUUGCAUCUGGUAAGUGAAGAUUUAUGGUAUUUUUCAGAGUCCAUCUUCUGGAUGCCACUCCUCCAGAUUUUCAUAUAUUUCCCCCUCUUUUCUCAGGGCCCUCUCCUUGGAAGGGCAUUUUAAGACCUUGAAUUUACUUUUAAUCUGAGCCUUGACCCGAGACAGUACAUGAAGGAUGAGUGGCUCAUGGCAUAGCUCCUAAUGCCUGGUAGCAAGUAUCUUUGAAAGAAUUUAUGGAGGGAAAACAGCGGUGAUGGAGGUACAUGGUUUUCAAAACUAAUAACUGUGGAAGGCAGCAGUCAUUCUUCACUUUUCUACAUUAAUGUGUUAUCACAUCUCAUAGCUCGUCCACAGUAUCGUUUUAAAAUUCCACCCAGGGGGACAGUUGAUGCUCUGGUCCUCAAAAGGUGUCACUUUUAGACCUUGGCCAAUAUUUCCUUUAGCAGACUCUCUAGACCAUGUCAUGCUUUAAAAUAUAAUUAAACUUUUAAGUUUCCCAUUUUGA